CCUCGUGUGGAAAUCGAACCCGCGCCACAGAAUUACGAGUCCUGGGCGCUAUCCACCAGGCUACGAGGCCCCAUGUAGUGUGUGUGUGUGUGUGUGGAGCGAGGGUUGACGCUGAUCUGCUUAUGGAGUGAGGUUCUCGUUGCCUCUGGGACCAGCAUACAACCGGCUCCUUAUUCUGAGAGGUGCUGAGUAGGCAUGCAAGAGCGAGAUGGCGCCCACCAUACCAGGGUGUCCAACACCACUUGGCACACUAUCAUCGUUGUCCUCGACGAUCUGCUUGAAGAACUUCUUGGUUGUGUACCUAACUAACAUUUAUGUACAGGAGUAUUUACCUGUAGUGGCCGUAAACAAGCUUUGAGAUGUCCAACAUCGUCGCGGACAUGCAUCAACAUAGAGUACAUAGCAUAAAUAUAAUUUUAAAACUAAGCUAUCCAUGGAGCAUCAUGACUAACUAGCUAAACAUCUGGGCAUACUGGAGGCAGUAGGUCCAUCUGCAGAUAGAGACAGAGUAGUCGUAGGAUGUAGCAGUAGGUCCAUCUGCAGAUAGAGGCAGAGUAGUCGUAGGAUGUAGCAGUAGGUCCAUCUGCAGAUAGAGGCAGAGUAGUCGUCGGAUGUAGCAGUAGGUCCAUCUGCAGACAGAGGCAGAGUAGUCGUAGGAUGUAGCAGUAGGUCCAUCUGCAGAUAGAGACAGAGUAGUCGUAGGAUGUAGCAGUAGGUACAUCUGUAGAUAGAGACAGAGUAGUCGUAGGAUGUAGCAGUAGGUCCAUCUGCAGAUAGAGGCAGAGUAGUCGUAGGAUGUAGAGGCAGAGGACCAGAAGUAGUGCGCGAGGAUCAUGAUGCUCAACCACAGUGUUACCUGCUAUGAAGAUUAUAAUCGGUAGACUCUAACAUAGACACGAUAUAGUACAUAGUAUAAGAGACAUUCCACUAAAAUAUGGAGUGUAGGGACGUGGCUGAAACACGAGGACAUGAACAGUGAUUGUAAGAGACGUGAUAACAUUGAAACUAUGAACUAAGGGUAAGUUUGUAGGUAUCAUAUUCUAUAUAUUUGUGGCAAAGGAAAGAGAACAGAUGUAUAACGGUGUUAAUUGGUUUCAUUUUAUCAGGAAAUCUCAAUGGAUACGCUGUGGCAAUGUUACAUAAAGUGUCAAACACACAUUAAUGGUUUGGUACUCAAUAAGGACGAGCUUUCUCGUAAUAUAUUAACUAAAGUUAGUUGAAAAGGAUAGAAGUUAGUAGGCAUAAGUUUGUUACUUAGUCAAUAAUAUUGUAAGCAUUACCCUUACAGCUAGACAUAAAAACUAUGAAUGUUAGGAGCUAGUUCUUCACGAACGUAGUCAUCCUCUGCUUUAUACUAACAGUCAGGAGGUGGGGAGCUCAUAUAACGCAUCCAUUGUCCUAUACAGACUGGAACACCACAGUCACACGCGCGUGUAUCAUCAGACUGAUGGUGGUGUACUGUUAAAAUAACUGGUCUGGACCGAAGGUUGUAAGUUUGAGUACCAGGUGUUGCGGUACCUUGUUCGUGUCUACGACCGGAGUGGGUGUCACGGUGGUAGGGUCAGUCAAUAUGUUGGUAUUUACAGGUACUGGGUUGUCAUCAUCAACUGUCAAGCGGGCCAAUUUCAUGUGAUUGAGAUGUUCAUUUACAUGCUCACCAGUAGCUAGGUUCUCCAGCUUGUACUUGUUACCUGUAAUAUGUUCAAGAACUCUGUAAGGACCAAGAAACUUCUCAGUACAUGGGACCAUCUCUUCGCUGGUUGAGGAUCAUUAUUAAAGAUCCAGAUCCUAUUUUUGUAGGUUUAGCAUGAGCGUUUUGUAACCAAGUGAAAUUGUCAGUAGCUUUAGAUAGGUGUUACUUGACUCUCUGGAACACCAAUUGUCUCUUUCUUUGACUUUAACAUAAUCAUCAUAGUUGUAAAGUGGCACAGGAGGCGAGGAUAUGAGAGCAUUUGGGAGGCUCAUGUUUGUCCCAAAAAGCACAAAGUGAGGUGUAUCUCCUAUUUAAGAGUUGACAGAGGAGUUUAUCGACUUUUGGACGAUUAUAAGUUCAUCCCAUUUGUGACUGUCCCGACUGACUGUUACUCUGAGUGCGUCAAGUACUUUCUUAUUUGUUCUUUCAGCAAGGCCAUUGCUAGCCGGUUGAUAAGGCAUUAUAUUACACUUUUGAUGUUGAACGGUUUAGCCAGUUGUUCCAUAAUAGAAAUGUUGAAUUCCGGACCUUUGUCAGAAAGUAAAACUCUAGGUGAACCAUACCUGCAAAUUAUGUUAUCAUAAAAUGCACUAGCUAUUGUUUCUGCAGUUUUAUUUGGAAUUGGAACCAGUUUACAAUAUCGAGAGAAAUUAUUUAACAUAACUAGAAGAUGUUUAUUACCUUUAGAAGUUUCAGUAAAGUUUGUUAGCAUGGCCACAGAAACACGGUCCCAAGGUGCAUUAGUCGUAGGGUAAGUCUGAAUCGGGUUCGGGCCAGCAACACGGUCUCUAUGAGCUAGGAAGGUUUGACAUUGAUGCACGAGAUGUUCAAUCUGUUUUGCCUUUUUGGGCCAGUAGUACUUAAGAUGAGGCUGCUUUAUGGUGUGGUCCUUGCCAGGAUGCGCACCGUGUGGGGUGUCAUGGACAAGUUUCAACACGGUAGGUACUAUCGACGCAGGAAUAACAAGUUGAUGUAUCAUUCUGACUGGAGAUCUAAGCAUAACCUUGCAGUGGAGCACGUGAUUUAAGAGUACUAGUUCUUUGAGCGGCACGGGAGGCUUGACUGUAAAAGUCGUGUUCGGGUUCAUUAGAAAGCUUAUGAUCGGUGCCUACAUUGGGUCUUGUUGUUGUUGUGCUAUUUCUACAUCUUGCAAGUCAAAUGAAGGGUAUUCAACUUGAAUAGGAGCGACGUAGUAGGAGAGGGCAUCGAUAACUACAUUAUGUUUGCCAGGUAAGUAUCCAAACGUGGGUAGGAACUCUUGUAUGGUGAGCGACCAAUGGGCAAACUUGCCUAUUGGAUUCUUUUCUUUAAACAAGGGGAUAAUGGCUUGGUGGUCUGUCAGUACACGGACAGGGUGGUUGUAGAUGAUGUAUGAAAUGUCUGAGAGAACACACUACAGCUACAGCCUCACGUUCUGUUGUCAAGCAAUUCUUUUCUGCUUUGGAGAGGACUCGGCUUGCAUAUGUAAUGACAUGUUCUUUUCUGUCGCUUGUUUUUGAUAGUACGGCUCCUAACCUAAUAUUACUGGCAUCAAUGACUAAGACAAAUGGUUUGGAGAAGUCCGGGAACUUGAGAAUGGGAGCAGAUAUCAACGUCUCUUUAAAUGUUUUAAACACUUUCUCCUGAUCAGCCGUCCAUGCGAAUGGGACAGACGUCCCAUUCUUAAGAAGGUGAAUUCAUUCACCUUCUUAAGGAGGUGAGGAAGAGACGCAAUCACUGAGUAGCCAGCGAUGAAAUGGCAGUAGAAUCCUGCUAGACCUAUGAACUUUUGUACAACUUCAACAUUAUGAGGGGCAGGAUAGUUCUUCACAGCAUCUUUCUUUGAGUCAAGAGUGGUGACACCUUGUGGGGUUACAUUAUGGCCUAGAAACUUUAUCUCUUUUUUCAUGAAAGCACAUUUACUGAAGUUUGAUCUUCAAAUUAGCUUCAGAUAGUUUCUGAAGAACACGUUCUAAACUUUGAAGGUGGGUUGGUACAUCCUUGGACAUGAUUAUGAGGUCAUCGAGGCAAACCAUGAGGGUAUUACCCAUCAUUCAUCGGAACAAGUUUGUCAUAAGUCUAGAGAAAGUAAUAGGGAUGCUGUGUAAGCCAAAAGGCAUGCGGGUGUACUGGCAAUGGUCAUUAGGGACCGAAAACGCUGUCAGUUCUCGGCUUUCUGGGUUAAGUGGUAUUUGCCAAAAAUCUUGCAAUAGAUCAAGAGUAGAAAAAACCUUAUUCUGGUCUAUGUUCUUCAAUAAGUCAGUGAGCACGGGAAGUGGAAACCUAUUUAUUUAUUUAUUUAUUUAUUUAUUUAUUUAUUUAUUUAUUUAUUUAUUUAUUUAUUUAUGCAUAUACAAGAAGGUACAUUGGGAAUGUGAGGAUAUAUAAAAUGGUAAUUACAGUCUUGUAAAGCCACUAGUAUGCGCAGCGCUUCGGGCCGACCAUAUGAUACAAGAUACCUAUCAGGUAUCGUCACAUUGAACGGUUUUCUGAAAUCAACGACGGGAUGCCAAGAACCAUACUCAUUGGGUUCAAGGAUCAAUGGCGCCCUGGUGCCAUUUUAUGGCCGUGGAGUACGAUUGUUUCGCAUGCCCCUCCACUUGUUGACAAUCUGCCAUGGAGUGCCGGCCCUGGUGUGGCUGCUGACGUGGCCAGAGUGACGUGUUCUACCGAGGGGCCCUUGGCCGAGUUGUCCUGCAGUAUGGGGGUGCCUGUGCCCCCUGUCGUUAGGAGAGACUCUAUUGGCCUGGAAUUUUUGGCAAUGCUUCCUACCUGGUGGUGGAAGUGAUGAUUGUGGACAUGUUACGUGUUCCUGUGGAGACCGUGUGUGGUGUGCAGCUGCUUCCUGGGAGGCGGGCGAUUGUGAAGUCAGCUCCAUGGUGGUUUACCGUGAUCUCACUGAGCGCUGUGAUGGGUGUUCCUUCACUUUUCCUGAUGAUGGUGGGUCCGGGACUAUCUCCGAUCGCUGCGGUACGACGACGUAUGUGGCGGUGCAUGGGGUACCCUUCGAUUUCCCUGCAGACCUCCUGUGUCGGUACUUUGCCUGUUUUGGGCAGGUGCUUCAAGUGCAGAUGAAUGCUGUCUCCUCAAGGAUGUGGAUGGGUUUCCCGUGUGGGACCCGCACUCUCACCACGCGCCUCAGGGGUAAUAUUCCAUCCUCCGUCAUGCUGCUGGGUUACCCUCUUCGUGUGUUUUGUGCAAGCCAGCCCCGGACGUGUUUCCGGUGUGGCUUGUCGGGUCAGCAGGCUGCUGGGUGUGUGUGGCGUGCCGGGUCACCCCUAUUAACCUCAACCAUGAGGAAGAUUUUCCCCUGUUGUUGGCCACAGACCAGUCCCCCAGGUGCUGGUGUGAUGUGCGUUGCUUCCCAGCCGUUUGGUGCCCCGUUGUUGGAUUCUGCAGCUGGCUUGGAUGCGGAUGUGAGUGUGGGUGUCAACGUGGUGGUUAGUGUGGCCCCCGCCCCCGCCGGCUUCCCCGCCUCAUCCGUCCCUGCACCAGGUGCCCCAGCCCACCCUGAUUCAGCUCCCCCUGCCUGCUUCUUUCCCUGGAUAAGUUGUCUCCUGUCACUUUGGCUGUCUGCAAGGGGCUGUCUCUUGUGGUGUGUGGUCUGGUGCAUCCGGUUGUGGAAGCUGUGGUUCUCAGGGGUCGUGCUUUACAAGCACGCCCACCAGAGGAUUCUGUUGUGUUGCAGGAAGAUGGGAGUGAUAGCUCGGACGACUGGCAGCCUCUCUCAAAGCGAUCGCAGCGGGUUCGGAAUGUGUCUCCCCCUUCGUACUCACCUAGUUGUACUCACCUAGUUGUGUUUGCGGGGGUUGAGCUCUGGGUGGGCCUGUUGAGCCUUGGGUGGAGGUGGGGGAAUAUGGGACUCCAGCAUCCCCUGCCGUAGGUGACAGGGCUAUGAGGGGCUCCGAGUUGCUUCCUGUGACUGCGCCUCCUGCUGUUGUCUCCCCGCAGUGAGAGGUUGCCCCUGAUGAUCGAGUCCUCGUCAUGGUGCUGAGGAAGGAUGUGCGCUGGGGGGGGGGGGGCCUUGACUCUGGUGCCCUGUGGCAGGGACAUUGCCGCGCCUGCGGAACUGCGCCCGGCAGUUCCCCUCACUUCAUUGCCCCGGUUUGGGAGGGGGGGGGGGCCUUUUCACGGCUGCCGGGAUGCCCAGGGUGCUCUUCCACUAUCUGGGUGCCGCGAAUGAGGGAGUUUAUUUAUGGGGUGUCGGAUUUGAUGCCUUGGCCAUGGGCGCCACCUUGCGGCCGGGUACCCCGAUGACGUCCUGCUGAUUUGAGAAGCAUACUGCAUUCACUUUCCGGCACAGGAGUUCCCGGAUAUAUAUACGUAGUGCUGGUGUUUGCUUUGUGUACUCCCUGUUCUUAUGUCCUUGAUGCCUUGUCUUAUGUUCUUACGUCCUGUGUCUAGGUUUGGCUCGCCCCCGUCUCAGUGUUGCGUUUUGUCCAUCUGGGACCAGCAUACAAUGGUCUCUGUGUUCUGAGAGGUGCUGAGUAGGCAUGCAAGUGCAAGAUGGCGCCCACUAUACCAGGGCGUCCAACACGUAUAUGUCUACUCUUGCAUAAGUCUGCUCUUACAUGUGUCCACUCUUAUAUAUGUCUACUCUUGCAUAAUUCUGCUCUUACAUGUGUCCACUCUUAUAUAUGUCUACUCUUGCAUAAGUCUGCUCUUACAUAUGUCCACGCUUAUAUAUGUCUACUCUUGCAUAAGUCUGCUCUUACAUGUGUCCACUCUUAUAUAUGUCUACUCUUGCAUAAGUCUGCUCUUACAUGUGUCCACUCUUAUAUAUGUCUACUCUUGCAUAAGUCUGCUCUUACAUGUGUCCACUCUUAUAUAUGUCUACUCUUGCAUAAGUCUGCUCUUACAUGUGUCCACUCUAAUAGUGUCUUCCGCAGCAGGCGCCAGAGAACUUUAUUUCAGUUUUUGUAAAUCUGAUGAGCAGGAGGGAGGGAGUUAUGAGGAAAAAGCGCCAAGCCAUUAGACGCUGGUGAGAGCAUGUAGAGCAAAAGUUAUAUUCUAAUCAAACGAAUCAGGAUUAGUGAUAUAUUGAAUAUAUUCUUUGGGAUAUUAAAAGAGCUGUGCGAGUCACCAUGGGAUAAUAACUCAUUGUGUCAGGGACAGGCAACCAGUGUAUAUAUAAAUGUAAGGCUUAUACCGAGAUCCCCCCCCUCCCUCCCCAGGAUGCAACACCACAAAAGCUAACACCUGUGUACAUAUUUACUGCUAGGUGAACAGAUGCAUUAGGCGUUAGGAAAUAUGUACGAUGCAGGAUCAUUUCUGACCCGCCCGAGAUUCGAACCCUGAAUUUCCGAUUGUGAGUCGAGAACGAAGCCAACUGUACUACCGGGAAUAGUCCAUGAAUGUCUGGAAAAUAAACCUCCUGCUUGGAUCUCAUCUCACUGUGUGUGAUAUUGUGCGCCCCGUUGCUUGGUUUACUGCGCACAACACUGUAAUGGUGCAACCCGUCCUCUUAAUAGCAUGUUGUAUUAUGACGCAUACUUUACCCACGGCCAAAAACUGCCGUUCAAGAAAAUGGUAACGGCUCGCGAAAUUGACAAUGUCCCGUUUUCUGUUUUGGGUCCUCUCACCUAUACAUAAGGGUACUCCAGCACAACAGUUUCUUGACGUUGGGAUCGCUGACGAGAACGGGCUGGACAGUAAGGAGGGGUGCCUCGCCAGCCUCACACACACCUCUGUCCUCUUGACAGUUUUAAACAGUUUUACGCCUAUGUUGUUUUUUAGCGAGAAAUUAUGCAUCUAUAUAAAAAAGAAUUUCUAUCCAAGGAACGAGGCCAGACGCUUGAUGCUAGCGUCACUCAGUUUUUCAAGAUGACACGUACGUGGUAUGCAAUGGUCACAGGCUAUUCGAAGUGAGCCACAUUGUCUCCCUUUAAGAAAUAUUAUUGCCGACAAUGACCAUUGCAAUUUUGAUGGAUUCCAAAAUCGAGAAUUUGUUUUCCUCUGAGUUUUUGGACAGUUUUCACAUGUUUUCAUAGUACUGUAUUACAUUUUCUGAGACACAGUCAGAGAUAGAGACAGACACGGCAUGUCAGACAGACGUGACCAUGACCAGUUAUCCCAUCAUGAUAUUUAACAUAAUUACUUAUCUAGAUUAUAUGUUUUGUAUUAUUCAUUUUUUAGUUUAUAUCCUUAUUCCGCUGUUGUAACCAUUGUCUGUACCCUGCAGACUGACGACUUCUAAGGGGUUCAGUAAACCCAUUAUAUACCUUAAACAAUAUGCACUCUAUAAUGCAAGUGCAUAUUGUGAGUGUUGAUGUGUUACCUCUUGUCGACAGCAGACACCUUCUGAGGCUUCCCAUUAACAAUAUUGCUUGACAAAGAGUACAAAGUUCUUACAACGAUAAAGAGAAGCAAACAUCGUUACCAAAAUGUUAUAUUUACUAAUCGUUUUUACAACGCUGAAGCAACGUAAAAUUCUAAACAACUAUAUAAUAAGACUACUUUCAGAGAAUGUUUUAUUCAUUAAAGACUUUGCAUCAAUGAACUUUACUUUCAUCUUGGUGUUUUCUUCAUAAGCAGAGUUAAUAAUUAUUGUACUUGGUGAGUUAAAAGUUAAUUCAUUGAGUAUUCUCAGCCCAAAGCACUGGACUAACAAGACAUAAUUACCCAUCACAUUGUGGCAUCUAUUUUGUGGCAACCUUCUUUAAGCGGGUUUUUUUUUUUAAUAAACUCAAAUACAAAAUGGGAUCUAGUGGUUUAUUUAUGGUAGACCGAGAAAAGUGGAGUUUUCCUUGAGCACCAGGAAGAAGAAAAUGUAAGAAAUUUUUGCAAAAUUGAAAUUACCAUAAAAAUCAAUAAGAAAAUUUAGUUGCCAAAAUUCAGCCCACCCUCCUGUUUAGGUAAUACUUACAUUAAGUACCCACUAUAAGUAAUUACUUAUAUUACGAGAGAUUCAUUGUACCUAUAUUGACGUAAAAGGCAAUUAGAAUGUAAAAAUCGGUUCUAUUGAAUUUGGACAACCCAUAAAAGUUUGUGUACUGAUGGAGCAAAAAAACCUAACCUAAUAAAACCUUCCUAAGCCUAAUACAUGCUAUCUGAGGCCUAUUAUAAUGUAUAGAUGUGCUAUACUAGACCUAGGAAUAUUCAAGUUUAUUUUUUAGCUUUAAUUUGUCGGACUCUAUAAAGUGAAUAGUACUAAAGUCAACUAUCUUCUUGUUCAUUACAUCUAUGUCUGUAUGAUGGCUAACAUAGUUACAAAAAGUAUUAUGUAAACAGGAGGAUGGGUGGCAAAAUUUGCAUUUGGUGGGGGCAUUUUUGUUCUUUGCUCUCUAGUCCCACUUAACUGACAGUUCCAAACACGCAAAUAAUUGAGCAGUCUUCGUGGUGUAGUGGUAAGAAACUCGCCUGGCAUUCCGCGAGCGCUUUGUCCUGGGUUCGUAUCCUGGCCGGGGAGGAUUUACUGGACGCAAAUCCUUAACUGUAGCCUGUUUAACUCAACA